GCGACACACAGAUGUGGUCUAACAUUCGUGCGUCGCACGCGUCCUUUCUGCUAACCGACGCCCAGUUCUCGCGUAUUUAUAACUGAAAAUAAAUAAAUAAUAAUUACAAUUGUGAACGGAACACCCCAGUGAUGUUUAUCAAAACAUUCUAAUACAUGCCAUCGCAACGGUUCGUUCGUCGACAAUGAUUGUUUAAAUAAUUUUUAAGGUUAAGUUUGUUGAACUUUUUACGGCGUAUGGUGACGAUAAAUAUCAGUGAAAAGUGCAUUCAGUGAAAAUGUCUGAACGCUUCAAAGUGACCAAACAUGAUGAGCCUUCGGGAAAGAACUAUAAGAACUAUGGUGCUACAUCAGCCGAGAGUGACAUGGAACUGAAGGGAAAACUGCUUCCCGAUUCAGGAGAUACCGAUGACCUGGCAAAAGAAAAAGAUAAAUGUUGCGACACAAAUCUGUACCUUUACCAGGAUGAGAUCGAGGACAGACCACGCGCAGCUACCUUUCUCAGUUCUCUUGCGGACUACUCCAACACUAUACCCACGGCAUCCGCAGCUGAUGCCGAUGCACCAAAACCAGCUCCCCCAGCGCGGAUGGGCACUCUCAUCGGUGUCUACCUACCUUGUAUUCAGAAUAUCUUCGGCGUUAUCCUAUUCAUCCGUCUUACCUGGGUUGUUGGCACAGCUGGAGCUGCUCAAGGCUUUCUAAUUGUUCUCAUUUGCUGCUGCGCGACUAUGUUAACGGCUAUAUCGAUGUCUGCAAUUGCAACGAACGGUGUUGUACCUGCGGGUGGUUCCUACUUUAUGAUCGGACGAUCUUUGGGCCCGGAAUGUGGAGGUGCAGUUGGUAUGCUGUUCUAUAUUGGGACAACACUUGCUGCAUCCAUGUAUAUCGUUGGUGCUGUUGAAAUUGUAUUGACAUACAUGGCACCGUGGCUGUCGAUAUUUGGAGAUUUUACUAAAGACCCUCAAGCAAUGUUUAAUAACUUUCGAGUGUAUGGAACGGGACUACUUUUGAUUAUGGGAUUGAUUGUCUUUGUGGGAGUAAAGUUUGUGAAUAAAUUUGCUACGAUAGCCCUCGCUUGCGUAAUCCUGUCAAUAUCAGCCGUUUACGCCGGAAUUUUUGUUAACUUUAACGGGAACGACAAGCUGCAAAUGUGCGUACUAGGUAAACGAUUAUUGAAGGACAUACAUAUCAGCAACUGUACUAAAAGUCCUGGCGGUGAAUUAGAGCAAAUAUUCUGUCCUAAUAAUACUUGCGAUCCUUACUACCAAAUCCAUGAAGUCAGUAUUGUUCAGGGCAUUAAGGGUCUGGCAAGCGGAGUCUUUUUCGAUAAUUUAUAUGAUUCGUUUCUCUCACUUGGACAAUACAUAGCUUACGGAAAAGAUCCCGAAGACAUUGAACAAAUGGAGCGUCCAACAUUUAAUCAAGUAUUUGCAGAUAUUACGACUACUUUCCCUAUACUAAUCGGAAUAUUCUUUCCUUCUGUCACUGGAAUAAUGGCUGGUUCAAAUCGUUCCGGAGAUUUAGCAGAUGCUCAAAAAAGUAUACCAAUAGGAACAAUAUGCGCUAUUUUGACAACAUCACUGGUAUAUUUAUCGUCCGUCUUGUUAUUUGCUGGAACCGUGGACAAUUUAUUACUUCGUGACAAAUUUGGCCAGUCUAUUGGUGGUAAACUGGUUGUAGCUAACAUGGCCUGGCCCAAUCAGUGGGUGAUACUAAUUGGAUCCUUCCUCUCAACGCUUGGAGCUGGUCUACAAUCUCUCACUGGAGCUCCCCGGUUACUCCAAGCCAUUGCCAAAGAUGAAAUUAUACCAUUCCUAGCACCUUUUGCUGUAUCAUCGAGUCGAGGCGAACCCACACGAGCUCUUCUUCUAACGAUGCUUCUAUGUGAAUUUGGUAUACUGCUUGGAGACGUGGAUAUUUUGGCACCUUUACUAUCUAUGUUUUUCUUGAUGUGCUACGGAUUCGUAAAUCUGGCAUGUGCUCUCCAGACAUUAAUGAAAACUGCAAACUGGCGACCCAGAUUCAAAUACUAUCAUUGGUCACUAUCAAUUGCUGGUUUGAUUUUAUGCAUUUCAAUUAUGUUUAUGACUUCAUGGUUCUACGCACUCAUUGCUAUGGGAUUAGCGGGAGUAGUAUACAAAUAUAUUGAAUAUCGAGGUGCUGAGAAAGAAUGGGGCGAUGGUCUUCGGGGACUCGCACUAUCCGCUGCUCGGUAUUCUUUACUACGUCUUGAGGAAGGGCCUCCACACACGAAAAAUUGGCGUCCACAAGUACUGGUUCUUGCUAAACUGAAUGAGGAUCUUAACCCGAAAUACCGAAAGAUGCUUGCAUUCGCGAGUCAAUUGAAAGCUGGCAAAGGUUUAACAGUAUGCGUAUCGGUCCUUGGUGGUGACUUCAACCGACGAGCUGGAGAGGCUUCGACGGCUAAGCAGAAUCUGCGUAAAUGCAUGGAAGAAGAGAAAGUUAAAGGUUUCACCGAUGUGCUCGUAGCUAAUAGCAUUGCUGACGGACUAAGUCAUUUCGUCCAAACUACUGGUUUAGGAGGCUUGAAGCCCAAUACAGUAAUUGUUGGUUGGCCGUACGGCUGGCGACAGUCUGAAGAUGAUCGCACUUGGCAUGUCUUCCUGCACACUGUCCGAGCCGUCACAUCUGCAAGAAUGGCCAUGCUUGUACCUAAAGGCAUCAACUUCUUUCCUGAUUCAACUGAAAAGAUAUCUGGGAACAUCGAUAUCUGGUGGAUAGUUCACGACGGCGGCAUGUUGAUGUUGUUGCCUUUCUUACUCAAACAACACCGUACGUGGAAAAACUGUAAAAUGCGUAUUUUCACUGUAGCGCAAAUGGAGGAUAACUCGAUUCAAAUGAAAAAAGACCUUAAAAUGUUCCUGUAUCAACUACGAUUAGAAGCUGAAGUCGAAGUUGUGGAAAUGACUGACAGCGACAUUUCCGCCUACACAUACGAACGAACAUUAAUGAUGGAACAACGAAACCAGAUGCUGCGCGAACUAAGACUAAACAAGAAGGAGACUAUGGGAAUGAUGCAAAAUUUGGUGGACUAUCGUGAACAAACCGCUGAGGAAAAGUUACCUCUGGUACAAGCCAUAGUUGACCAUCACCACGCAGAUAUUAAGACGGCAAGCAAAGUACGAUUUGCAGAUCCAGGCAGCGAACCGAAUCUGAACGAUGCACCAUCCCCUCCUUUAGCUGACAGUGACGAAAAGGAACACGAUGACAAGGACGACUUUCGAAGUAGUUUGUUGCACAUAAUUGAUUCAAUGUGGGACUCGUCUGCUGAAAACUCACAGUGUGAGGGAGCUCCAUCGCCACCUCCGGACGCUGAAAAGAAAGAUGGCAACGCUAAUGGUGACGCGCUCAACCCUAAACCUAAUUUGACCAGUAUUACACCUGAUGAGGGUACAGUUCGACGCAUGCACACAGCGGUAAAAUUAAACGAAGUUAUCGUGUCUCGAUCCCAUGACGCACAAUUAGUCAUACUUAACCUGCCUGGUCCUCCUCGUGACACCAAACUUGAAAGGGAAUCAAACUAUAUGGAGUUCCUAGAAGUGUUAACUGAGGGAUUAGAAAAGGUUUUAAUGGUACGUGGCGGCGGUCGGGAGGUGAUCACCAUAUACUCGUGAAUAUGUUGCCUUCUGAUAUGUAUUUCGAAAAGGCAAUAUGACACAUUUCGUGCGUUUUUAGAUACUUCACGAAAUGACUUCAAAAUAACGUAUUAUAUUCCUUAAUGAUUGAAUUAUUUAACUUUACAAAAAAUUGUAAAAUCAGCAUUUUGCAGAAUUUAUUUGAUUCUCAUUUCAUUUAAAAUAUACCGCAAUUGAACGUGUAAGUUUUGUUACAUGGAUUUGUUAUUAAGUUUAUUGAGUGUUGUGUAUUUUCUGUCUGAGUGUAGGAAAUUUAAGUAAAUUAUAUUAAAUUGAAUUACUUAUUCUAACGAGGAGCCUUACUUAGAUCUAGUUCUAAGUUGGUUUUGUUAUAGUCUAGCGAGUAGCGAUACAUUUGUUACAGAUAUGCCAUAUCGUUUUUAAUUUUACGAUUGUUAUACUAUCCUUCGACUUUAUUUUUUCUAUCGAUUUUAAGAAUAGCUAUUUAUAGAUUUAGAAUUUACAAUCUUAUGAAUUCUGUAUUUAAUGUAAAUACUAAUUCUGUUCUUAAGACGUCUGCUCAACUUUAAAAUAACGUUUGGACUGAGAA